AUGUGGUACGAGGGCCAGAAUCUGAUCGCCAUCAUUAUGGCGUACGAAGGCAAACAAGCAGUUGAAAGCUGGCUAGAUGAGGUCAAAGGUCCAGGUUUGAAAACAAUUGAAGAUAUCAUCAAAUUCAACUUGGACCAUAAGGAAGUGGAAUUGCCCGGGUCUUCGGGGGAUCCUCCAUCACAAGAGGUAUAUGAGACUGUCAAGGAGAGGACGAAGUCGAUUUCCAAAGACAAUAGCAUAGACAAACUGUUCCGCGAGCAGAACUUGCAUAUGCUUGCCUUCCCUUUGGACAGACUUAUGGUGUUUAUCCCGGCUGCGUCCGGCUACCCCAUCGCAACAAUGCCCCUUGGAGUCAUCCCAGAAGACGGAAGACCGUACGGACUCGGUAUACUGGCUCAGGCUGGUAGAGAGCAUUACAUGUUUCAGUUCAUGGGUGCCUUUGGAGCUCGCUUCUCUCUACUUGUUUUGCCAUGUCGUAUAUUAUCCUCCGAAGCGCCUGUCUAUCUCUCUCUCUCACUAGCAACCCUAACAAAGCUUAAUCGAAAUCUUGAUGAAAUUCUGAUCCCAAGGGGCAAACGGAAAGGAAUCCGUCAGACCUGUGGCACAAAAUUUAAACCAGCUCGCCUGGGUAACUGGAAUAAAACUCUUUCUAAACUAGUUCAAAGUCCUCCAGACAUUAAUGCUUCGUAUGAUCCCUUCAAGAAAGGAAGCGGGUGCUUUGAACAGCAUGAACUUCGAGCUUCAAACUCAAUCUUCGCCAAGAUCCGUACCAUGGGUUUGCCUAGAAUAAGCUCGGCUUGCCGACACUUCCCGCCCGAGACAGAGAUCGCGAGCGGGCCCCGUGCCACUAAUCCGUUCUCAUCCGUCUUCGUCCGGAAUGGCGCCAGCGGUGCAACACUUAGGUUUGAUCCAUUCAAGGUCUUCACAAUUUCUGCCGACAAUAUCACGGCCAAGUUCAUCCCGUAUGGAGCGCGAUUGAUCUCUCUGCUAGUCCCAGACAGGAAUGGCAAUGAGCAAGACGUUGUGGUCGGCUAUGACGAUCCCCGCCAGUAUCUGAAAGACACACAGACCAGCCAUACCUAUUUCGGAGCUGUCAUUGGUCGGAUCGCUAACCGUAUCAAGAACGGCACUUUCGAACUAGAUGGAACCGAAUAUCACAUUCCCAAGAACAAAGACGGCGUGUAUACGCUGCAUGGCGGAGACAUUGGCUAUGAUCAACGAAACUGGACUGUACUUGCGUCCACGCCUUCCUCUGUCACGUUUGAGCUAUAUGAUUCUGCAUCCCAAGGCAUCCCAGGCGACGUGAUUACGCAGGCUACGUACUCUGUCGAUACCAAGGCCACAGCUCAGAACCCACAUGGACAUCCCCGGCUGAUGACCAAGAUGGUCUCACAAGCGCUCACCCAUUCUACUCCGAUCAUGCUCUCCAACCAUAUCUACUGGAAUCUGAAUGGUUUCCAGAAACCGACUGUCCUCAAUGAUACAUGGCUACAAAUGCCUCUCUCUGAGCGAUUCAUCGCCACGGACAGUAUUCAAGUCCCUAACGGAGACAUCUCGACCGUGGAUAGUACCGAUCAUCAAUCGAUGGACUUCACCUCUGGUAAAAUCAUCGGUCGUGACAUUCAAUACACCCAAGGUCUUGUUGGCAGUGACGUGGGAUAUGACAACUGCUUUAUCAUUGACCGUGACCCGACAUACUCUUCCCAUGAUGCACUUGUUACCGCUCUCCGAUUGAACUCCAGCUCCACGGGAAUUAGCAUGGACAUCGCAACGAACCAACCUGCUGUGCAGUUCUUCACCUGUCUGAACAUGGAUGGAACCAUUCCCGUGAAGCCUUCUCAGGUUAGUCGAAACUCAGGAAAUGAAGAGGCUGCUGGAUUUGUUGAGAAAUACGGUUGUCUGGCGAUUGAGCCCGAGGGUUGGAUUGAUUCUGUCAACAACCCACAGUGGGGUCAGCAAUCCAACGUGAUUUACUCUCCUGAGACCCUCCCUGCUGUGAAUUUGGCUACUUACACCUUUGGAACUGUGUGA